GAACACCGGAAUCCUUGUUUUAUAUUGAAAGAACACCGGAGGUCGUUGCAUUUUAUUGCUGCUAACUUGACUCAAUGCUUUUGUUGGACAAAGCGCAGCGGCGGACAAAGACAAGAGACUAAUUACAGAUAUCAGAUUCAUUUUCACAUCUUCGACAGAUAUCCAAACAUGCUGGAGAAAUCCAACAGCCAAUAUGAUUCCUUCCUGUUCUGGAGACAGCCAAUCCCAGCCCUGGAUAUGGCUGAGCUGGAGGACCUGGGUUUGAUUGACAUCGAGCAUCAGGCCAAUAGCAGCAAAGCAAAGGGAAAGACUUUUGCAGGGACCAAUCAGGAUGAGGAGGUCGAGCUGUCCGAGUUUUCUUCUUUCAACUACUGGCGAGCUCCAAUCGUCAGCGUGGAUGACCUGCUGGCUGACCUGAACCUGCUCCUGUGAAACCACCACAGACCCACAGGCUGGAUUGGUCUCUGCAGGACUCCCAGAAGCUCCUUUCCACAUUU